AUGGUCGGGGGAGGGUUUGGCCUGAGACCCCUCCUCUGCACAUUUGUAGCCCGCUCUGGGGGAGCUAGCGGAGGGGCCUGUGGCUUCCGGAGCGGAGCAGGUGGCUUUGGCAGUCGCAGCCUCUACAACCUGGGUGGCAACAAGAGCAUCUCCAUCAGCGUGGCCACUGGCGGCUCCUGGGCUGGUGGCUUUGGUGGAGGGCGUAGCAGCUGUGGCUUUGGAGGUGGUUAUGGAAGUGGCUUUGGGGGCAGCUAUGGUGGUGGCUUUGGUGGUGGCAGAGGAGUAGGUAGUGGCUUUGGAGGGGCUGGUGGCUUUGGUGGCCCUGGUGGCUUUGGUGGGCCUGGCAGCUUUGGCAGUCCUGGCGGCUUUGGCCCUGGGGGCUUUCCCGGGGGAAUUCAGGAAGUGACUGUCAACCAGAGCCUCCUGCAGCCCCUCAAUGUGGAGAUCGACCCCCAGAUUGGGCAAGUAAAGGCCCAGGAGCGGGAGCAGAUCAAGACCCUCAACAACAAGUUUGCCUCCUUCAUUGACAAGGUGCGGUUCCUGGAACAGCAGAACAAGGUCCUGGGGACCAAGUGGGAACUGCUCCAGCAGCAGACCACAGGCUCUGGCUCAGGGCCCAGGAGCCUGGAGCCUUGUUUUGAAUCCUACAUCAGCUUCCUGCGCAAGCAGCUGGAUUCACUUCUAGGGGAGAAGGGGAACCUGGAGGGAGAGCUGAAGAACAUGCAGGACCUGGUGGAAGACUUCAAAAAGAAGUAUGAGGAUGAAAUCAACAAACGCACUGCGGCAGAGAAUGAGUUUGUGGGGCUCAAGAAGGAUGUGGAUGCGGCUUUCAUGAACAAGGUGGAGCUGCAGGCCAAGGUGGACAGCCUGACAGAUGAAGUCAGCUUCCUGAGGGCCCUCUAUGAGAUGGAGCUGUCCCAGAUGCAGAGCCACGUCAGUGACACGUCUGUGGUUCUGUCCAUGGACAACAACCGCUGCCUGGACCUGGACAGCAUCAUUGCCGAGGUCCGUGCCCAGUACGAGGAGAUCGCCCAGAGGAGCAAGGCUGAGGCUGAGGCCCUGUACCAGACCAAGCUUGGGGAGCUGCAGACCACAGCUGGCAGGCAUGGAGAUGACCUGAGGAACACCAAGAGUGAGAUCAUGGAGCUCAACAGGAUGAUCCAGAGGCUACGGGCUGAGAUUGAAAAUGUCAAGAAGCAGAAUGCCAACCUACAGACAGCAAUUGCAGAGGCUGAGCAGCGUGGAGAGAUGGCCCUCAAGGAUGCCAACACCAAGCUCCAAGACUUGCAGGCUGCCCUACAGAAGGCCAAGGAUGACCUGGCUCGGCUCCUGCGUGACUACCAGGAGCUGAUGAACGUCAAGCUGGCGCUGGAUGUGGAGAUUGCCACCUACCGCAAGCUGCUGGAGGGAGAGGAGUGCAGGAUGUCUGGAGAGUGUCAGAGUGCCGUGUGCAUUUCAGUGGUCAGCAAUGUCACCAGCACAAAUGGCAGCUCUGGCAGUAGCCGUGGAAUUUUUGGAGGGGUCAGUGGCAGUGGCAGUGGUGGCUACAGAGGCGGCAGCAGCAGCAGCAGCAGCAGUGGCUAUGGAGUCAGUGGUGGCGGCAGCAGUGGCUACGGAGGGGUCAGCAUUGGCAGUGCCGAGGGCAGGGGCAGCAGUGGGGGCUACCAGACCAGCAGUAGUGGCAGCAGGCUCAGUGGUGCUGGUAGCAUCUCUGGGGGCCACAGUGGAAUGGGCUCCAGCUCUGGCAGCAUCCAGACUUCUGGAGGCAGUGGCUACAAGUCUGGUGGUGGAGGCAGCACCAAUAUCCGCUUCUCCCAGACCACCAGCUCAAGCCAGCAUAGCUCCACCAAGUGA